AUGCACCGUCGUUUCUGCACUCGCACUCACUCUUCAUUUGCAAGGGCCGCGCCCUUGCGCCUGCCACGCACUCACUGUGUCUCCCCCCUGCCCUGCCUCGCAGGUCCUUCCCUUCAACCCUCCUCGCUGGCUCGCACCUCCUCCGCUCGCCCCUGCCCCCUCUCCUUCACCGCACCCCCCACGCCACCACCACCACUGCUCCAACUCUCAGCUAACCGCUCUUGCCGUUUCACCUGUCAUCCCUUCACUGCCUACUCACCAGCUCUGCGUGUGUGCCUUGCAGGUGGGGGGGAGGGGUGUGGGGUCAGCACCGCCAUUCCCUCACGCCUCUCCCCGGUGGCCGUGCAGGGAGGGACGCACACGGGAAGGCUGGGAGGAGGGCUGCCGGGGAAGGAGUCACCUGGUGCUGCUGUAGUGCCCUCUGCUCGCUCUCACGCCUUACAGCUAAGUGCAGGUGUGCAGGUACCCCCUCAGGUGCAGCCCUUGGGUCUGCAGUUUGUGACUUGGCCUCCACCAGUGGCCCCUCCCCUCUCCCGCCUUGCAAAUGCCGUUCCCUCUCUUGCGCUUUCACCAUUCAUCCCCUCGCUGCCCACUGACCAGCUCUGCGUGUGUGCCUUGCAGGUGGAGGGGAGGGGCGAGGGUCAACACCGACGCUUCCCCACGCCCCUCAUCUGUGGCCGUGCAGGUACCCGUGGGGAUGGGAGGGAGGCAGCACUGCCAAUCCCUGCCACAAGGGAGAGUAUCGGGGUGGGCUUGGCCUCUCAAGCCUGCGGAAGGGAGGGAGCACUGGAGCAAAGGCUGACAGAGGCAUCCCUCUUUUGA